AUGUCUGGUAACACCAAUAGCGAUAUUCUCAUUGCUGGCGCAGUUGCAGCGUUCACUGUAGACUUACUUGUAUACCCACUCGACACACUCAAGACGCGGUUCCAAUCUUCAGACUAUGCACGAUUGUACACAAACUCGGCGACGGGGAAGCCGAGUCCCGCGUUGUUUCGCGGCAUGUAUCAGGGAAUCGGCAGUGUGAUUAUCGCAACAUUACCUUCCUCGGGAGCAUUCUUCACCACCUACGAACGCACAAAAUCACUCUUCACUGACCUCAACUCGACAUCCUCAUAUCCCAAUGGCUUCCUUCCCACACCCGUCAUCCACGCUGCCGCCUCGUCCCUGGCCGAACUCGUAUCCUGCGCCAUCCUCACCCCAGCAGAAGUCAUCAAGCAAAACGCACAAAUGGUAUCGUCUGACCGCUCCUCCUCCAACGCCACGAUCCAAACGCUUCAAAAGUUUCGCUCGAACCCUCUAGCCCUGUGGCGCGGCUACGCUUCGUUAGCAGGCCGCAAUCUGCCCUUCACCGCGAUGCAGUUCCCCAUGUUCGAGCGGCUGAAGCAGGGCAUCCGCGAGUACCGAGACGAGAAAGGGUUAACACGGGGUACGAUAGUCGAGAGCGGCAUGAUCACGGCGUUUAGCGCAGGGAGCGCGGGCGCGGUUGCAGCCGUAAUCACGACACCCGUCGAUGUGCUCAAGACGCGCAUCAUGCUGAGCGCCGCCUCGGGCGAGCAUGGCUCCGACUCCGCACGGAAGAACGGCACAUCCAACGGCGGUGCGAAGACCGGGCUUGUCGAUGCCCUGGGCGAGUCGGUCAAGAACUCCCGUCAGAAUCAAAAGAGCACGUGGCAGAUCACGCAGGAGAUUGUCCAAGAGCAGGGCUACAAGGGCCUGUGGCGCGGCGGGGCGCUGCGGGCCGUGUGGACGUUUGUCGGCGCGGGACUGUAUCUCGGCGCGUACGAGAGCGGAAGAGUGUAUUUGGCGGCGCGGAGAGGGGAGAAUGUAGACGAGGCUGAUCUGCUGUAG